AUGGCUGAUAUAAAGACAAUGUUUCAAAAAAUGAACAAUGGUCCGCAGAAUGGUAGUGGGGAGGCUGUGCCAUCGAAAACCCAAAAAGGGACCAUUGAAAAGAUAUAUCAGAAGAAAUCACAACUUGAACACAUUCUUCUAAGACCAGAUACAUACAUUGGAUCUGUUGAACGUGCUACUGAAACAAUGUGGGUCUAUGAUAAGGAAAAAGAGUGUAUGGCGCAAAAAGAAUUGACAUUUGUACCUGGUUUGUACAAAAUAUAUGACGAAAUAUUAGUAAAUGCAGCUGACAACAAACAGAGAGACUCAAAAAUGGAUGUUAUAAAGAUUGACAUUAAUCAAGAGCAAAAUACAAUAUCUGUUUAUAACAAUGGAUGUGGUAUUCCAGUAGUAAUGCAUAAAGAGGAAAAAAUGUAUGUUCCAACUAUGAUUUUUGGACACCUUUUGACCUCAUCCAACUAUAAUGAUGAAGAAGAAAAGGUUACUGGAGGACGUAAUGGUUAUGGAGCUAAGUUGUGUAAUAUUUUUUCAACAAAAUUUACAGUUGAAACUGCUUCAAAGCAAUACAAGAAACACUUUAAACAGACAUGGGGAUCUAAUAUGACAAAGGCGUCUGAACCUAAAGUGAAAGAAUCUGGAAAAGAUGAUGACUUCACAAAGGUGACUUUCAGCCCUGACCUGGCUAAAUUCAAAAUGGAAAAAUUAGAGGAUGAUAUUGUAGCUCUAAUGUCCAGACGUGCGUACGAUGUUGCUGCAUCUACAGCUGGAGUAAAAGUAUAUCUCAAUGGAGAAAGAAUAAAAAUAAACAAAUUUAAAGAUUAUGUUGAUUUAUACAUAAAAGGUAAAGAAGACGAAAAUGGCCAACCUUUGAAAGUUGUCUAUGAAAAGGUAAAUGAUCGCUGGGAAGUUGCGUUAACACUCUCAGACAGAGGUUUCCAACAAGUUUCUUUUGUCAACUCUAUAGCUACAACUAAAGGAGGUAAACACAUUGACACAGUGGCUGAUGGUGUUGUGAAAAAUGUUCUAGAAGUAUUGAAAAAGAAAAAUAAGGGCGGUGUUAACAUUAGACCAUUCCAGGUUAAGAACCAUAUGUGGGUAUUCGUCAAUUGCCUAAUCGUAAACCCAACCUUUGAUUCACAAACCAAAGAAAACAUGACACUCCAAGCAAAAAGUUUUGGAUCGAAAUGCGCAUUUUCAGAAAAAUUCAUAACGGCAGUUACUAAAUGCGGCUUAGUGGAAUCAGUGUUGACAUGGGCUAAGUUUAAGGCUCAAAAUGAACUUGUGAAGGCUUCCGGAAAGAAGCAGACUAAACUGAAAGGUAUACCUAAGUUAGAGGAUGCUAAUGAAGCGGGAACUAGAAACGCACAUUUAUGCACAUUAAUUCUUACUGAGGGAGACUCAGCUAAAACAUUAGCUGUAUCCGGACUCAGUGUAGUCGGUAGGGACCACUAUGGUGUUUUUCCACUUAAGGGUAAACCUUUAAACGUAAGAGACGCGUCGCACAAACAAGUACUGGAAAAUGUGGAAAUAAACAAUCUUAUUAAAAUCAUUGGUCUUCAGUACAAAAAGAAAUACAAUUCAAUGGAUGACUUGAAGUCAUUGAGAUAUGGUAAAGUUAUGAUUAUGGCCGAUCAGGAUCAAGAUGGAUCCCAUAUUAAGGGUUUAAUAAUCAACUUUGUCCACCACAAUUGGCCAGAGUUAUUAAAACUGCCGUUUUUAGAGGAAUUUAUUACGCCUAUCGUAAAGGCCACUAAAAAGGAUAAAGAAAUAUCGUUCUAUUCAUUACCUGAAUUUGAAGAAUGGAAGAACGAAACGGAAAAUUAUCAUACAUACAAUAUCAAAUACUACAAGGGUUUGGGUACUUCCACUGCUAAGGAAGCGAAAGAGUAUUUCCAGAACAUGGAUAGGCAUAGAAUACGAUUCAAAUACGCGGGCAACAUUGACGAUCACCAUAUAGAGCUGGCUUUCUCUAAGAAAGGAGCCGAUCAACGUAAGGAAUGGCUGACAAGUCACAUGGAGGAAGUGAAGAGACGCAAAGAGAUCGGUCUUCCCGAGCGAUAUCUAUAUACCAAGGAAACUAAGACUGUUACAUAUUCUGACUUUGUCAAUUUGGAGCUGGUACUCUUUUCUAACGGCGACAAUGUUCGAUCUAUACCUUCAAUGAUAGACGGUUUGAAACCGGGUCAACGAAAAGUAAUAUUCACGUGUAUUAAACGUAAUGACAAACGCGAGGUGAAAGUUGCUCAACUGGCUGGUUCCGUAGCAGAGCACUCAGCUUACCAUCAUGGUGAACAGUCGCUGGCGAUGACGAUAGUGAAUUUAGCGCAGAACUAUGUGGGUUCCAACAAUAUUAACCUCUUGGAACCGCGGGGUCAGUUCGGUACAAGACUGUGCGGAGGCAAGGAUUCGGCCAGUCCGAGGUACAUCUUCACACUGAUGUCGCCUCUCACGAGGCUCAUAUUCCAUCCGCACGACGAUCCUUUGCUUUUGCACGAAUUCGAGGAUAACCAGCGGAUAGAACCCGUACACUACGCGCCUAUUUUACCGAUGGUGCUCGUGAAUGGAGCUGAAGGUAUCGGUACUGGAUGGUCUACGAAGAUACCUAACUAUAACCCUCGAGACAUCGUUGCUAAUAUCCGCCGUUUGCUUGACGGUGAGGAGCCAAAGCCAAUGCACCCGUGGUACAAAAACUUCCGAGGGACGAUAGAGGGAUUCAGUGACAAGUAUGUCAUUUCCGGUGAGGCAGCCAUCUUGCCUAACGAAAAGAUAGAAAUCACAGAGCUUCCGGUUGGCACCUGGACACAGAACUACAAGGAGAAUGUCCUUGAACCGCUGCUGGGAACUGACAAAGUCAAACCGCUUAUAUCUGAAUAUAGGGAAUACAACACUGAUACAACAGUCCGUUUCCUUGUUACAUUGUUACCUGGAAAAUUGGCUGAAGUAGAGGCAGAGGGCAUCCACAAGGUUUUCAAAUUACAGACGACCAUCUCCAUGACUUGUAUGAACGCUUUUGACCACAAUAACUGCUUGAAGAAGUAUGACAAAGUGGAAGAGAUUCUCCGUGAGUUUUAUGAUGUACGUCUACGAUACUACGCCAAACGGAAGGAGUUCUUGGAGGGCCAGCUGCAAGCAGAAGCAGAUAAGCUUACGAAUCAAGCUCGUUUUAUUGUAGAGAAAUGUGACAAGGGACUUGUGGUUGAAAACAAAAAGAGGAAGGUGAUGGUCGAAGAGUUGAUGAAAAGGGGAUAUGCCCCUGACCCAAUCGCUGAUUGGAAGAAGCGCGCUACUAAGAUGCAGGGUCUCAACGCACUGGAGGAAGAAGAACCUAUAGAAUCCGAGGAGGAGAUUGAGCCAGAAGUAACAAAGGGUGGCAAACCUGUUGACCCUGAAAAAGCAUUCCAGCAGCUAAAAGAAGUGAAGAAGUACAACUAUCUGCUGGGUAUGUCUAUGUGGAUGCUAACAAAGGAGAAGAAAGAUGAAUUAUUGAAACAACGAGACCAGAAACUCGCCGAGCUUGAAGCUCUUAAAAAGAAGACGCCAUCGAUAUUAUGGCGUGACGACUUGGACAUAUUCCUGACGAAGCUGGAUGAUCUCGAGGAAAGCGAACGUCAAGAGGAAGCAGCUACAAACAGGAAGACCUCCAAAGCUCAGGCAGCAAAUAAGAAGAAUCGCAAAUCACUAAUGGAAAUAAUACCAUCAACGGAGGGACGAAGAGUUGAACCAAAGAUCUCCGAAGACAUUAUCAAGAGGAUUCAAGCUGCAGAGAAGGCUAAAAUCAAGAAAGAGGUCAAGAAGGAAUAUGAUCCAGAUGAUCCAACAGGCGUAAGUCCAGCCGCCGCAGAGAAGAAACCGAGGGGAAGAGUAAAGAAGGAAAAAGUAGAAAAGGAAAGGGUAGAGAAAGAGAAAUUAGAUAAAAGUGAUAAGGACAAAGAUGGCCUCAAACAAUCAAAACUUAAUUUCAAGAAAGAACCUAAGAAGAAAAAGCCAACGUUCAGUGGCAGUGAUUCCGAGGAAUUGUCUGGUUCAGAUGUUGAAAUGGUUCAGCCCAGUGCACCGAGAGAACGAACCUCCACGAGACGAGCUGCUACUAAGGUACAGAAAUACAAAGACGGAUCGGACGAUUCCAACUCAGAUUCUGAACCAGAACUCUUGGAUAAUAAAAUUGAGUCUGAUGAUGAAAAGCCACCUAGAGCCCUGUCCCUAAGUGAUGAUGACGACAGUUUAAACAUUAAGAAGAAUAAAAAGAAACCAGCUGAAAUGGACUCUGAUUGUCUCUUCGAUUCAUUAAUAGAAGAAACAAAAAAGGAAGAAUUGAACAAUAAGAGUUCAGACAACGUCACCGUUCUAAGCAGCGACGAAGAACCUUCGCCAAAGAAGAAGCCGGCGAAGAGGAAACUGCUAGCUGUUGAGAAGGAGCCAGUUAAAAAGGAGCCACCUAAGAAGAAAGUCAAGCCCACGUUGAGCCUGGAAAGCGACGAUGAUAGUAUAUUCGAUACUAAAAAGGACAAAAAGAAGCCACCAGCCAAGAAACCAGCAAAGAAGACUAAGAAACAAUCCAGUGACGAAGAGACGAUGGCUCUGACAGCGAUUGAAUUGAGGAUCAAUGGAUCUGGGACGGAUCAUAAUAUACUUACAGUAUUUGUAAAUAUUAAUUUUAAAUUGGAACUGUGCGACUUAUACAAAUGA